AAGUCGUAUUCCUGCUACUCUUAUGUCCCUGUCCAACAUGUCUCCCUCGCAGAGGAGUCUGUGUCAGUAGUGUGGGUUUUUUCUCCGUGGAUCCUCCGCCGUGUGUCAGCGCUGGGCCAGCAGGUCGAGUCAGCCAGAACCGCAGCAGCAUCAUCAAUGGUGUGUUUACAUCCAAGAGCCGUCACAUUCUGCUGUGCCCGCUCAAUGACCUCUGACCUAAUCAGCUGGCAUCACGGCUGCACCUGCAUGGCGUUUGCGAGGCUGGGAGGAGCGUUCUGCCAAGCUCAGCACCUGCUGCUCAUCGUGGACAAGUGAAGAGGACACGCCGUCUCCCCCAGGUCCGACCCGCCGUCCUGUCGAAGACAUAUGAAGACGAGCCAAUCGUCAGCUUGUGCCGUGUUCUGGAGGCGGAGCUUCUGCUGCCAGCCAAUCCUUGCUGCUCCUUCUUCUCUCUAGAGGAAGAGGCCGAUCCAACGGCCAGUCCCUGUUGCCAACCGCUGACCGUCCUGCUGGUUCUGAUCUGGUUGCUGGUCUUGAUCCGCUGUUAGCAGCUAGUCGGUCCAGACGGUGAAGAUGAACCGCCCGGCGCCAGUGGAGAUCUCCUACGACUGUAUGCGUUUCCUCAUCACGCACAACCCCACCGACGCUCAGCUGGGGAAGUUCAUCGAGGUACGGCCCCGACCUCUUCUGUUCCUGGUUCUGGUUCUGACCCGCUUUGUCCUCCUGCAGGAGCUGAAGGCGUACGGCGUCACCACCCUGGUGCGGGUCUGCUCUGCCACGUAUGACCAGGCGCCGCUGGGCCAGGAGGGCAUCCAGGUUCUGGAUUGGCCGUUCGAUGAUGGCUCCGCCCCCCCAGAGCAAGUGGUUGAUGAUUGGCUGAACCUGCUGCAGGUGAAGUUCAGGGAGGAGCCGGGCGGCUGCGUGGCGGUGCACUGCGUGGCCGGACUGGGCCGCGCUCCGGUUCUGGUGGCUCUGGCGCUGAUCGAGUGUGGGAUGGAGUACGAAGACGCGGUCCACCUCAUCAGACAGAAGCGACGCGGCGCGCUGAACGCCAAGCAGCUGCACUUCCUGGAGAACUACCGACCCAAACUCUGCCUGCGCUCCAAGGACGCCAACGGCCAGAGCUGCUGCCUGCAGUAGGCCCAACGGAACCGGGUCGGCAGAACCCUCUUCCUAGAAACCAGUUUCGAUUCAUUUCUCAUGCAGUUCAGACCUGGUUCUGCUGGUUCUGAUCCGUUCGUCCUCACAGGUCUCCACCACCCUCUGUCUGCUCCUACAGCCCCCCUGCUGCUCAGUUUGACCUUUGACCCCUCUUCAUUCCUCUGGUUCUGAUCCAGAAAAGUUGAAUAAAGUUGUUUAUGAUGAAACUUUUCUAGUGAUCCGUCCAGAACCUCCAGAACCCGCCCACAGGUCACCACAGCCAGUUGCCACUUUUUCCACAGAAAGUCCAACUUCCUGUGAAAGAAUUUAAUAUUGACCUUCAAAAUAAAGUUACAAGCUAAAUA